CCAGCUGGACUGUGUCGUCUCCGACUGAGUUUAUCAAAUGCCGAACGCAACUUGACACACGCCCGGGAGUGUCUUCUUGGACCAUGACCAGAGAUAUUGUCAGGACCCUUGGCUGGAGGGGGCUUUAUUUCGGAGGAGCCAUAACCUGUGCUCGAGACUCUAUUGGCUAUGGAUUUUAGUACGCACAAUGUUUCCCCGGAUCUCCCCCCGCAUGUUCUACUUUGAGCGCACCAUUUACUUAUAUCGACACAGUUUUUGGACUUAUGAGUAUUGUAAACGUCUGAUGGCCUCUAAGGACGACGAUGCACAGCAGGCGGCAAUGAAAGUACUCCUGUGCGGUGGUGUUGCUGGAGUAGCUACGUGGGCUUCAGUUUAUCCGUUGGACAUGAUCAAGACCAGAUUGCAGGCGCAGGGGCUCCCAUCACGCCCUGAAGACCAGCCUCUGGUGCAGUCUCGAAAUGAUAGACGGACACUGAACAGCUUUCAGCUCGCUAGGGAGACAUAUCGGACAGAAGGGCUGAAGGCCUUCUAUCGUGGGUUAGGAAUAUGCAGUGUAAGAGCAUUCAUAGUAAAUGCUGUUCAGUGGGCAAGUUACGAGUGGCUCAUGAGGUAUCUCAACAACCCAUGGAAUCAGACACAUGCACAAGUUUCAUAAAUAGGGAUAUACUCCGGAGUAGAUUGUCUACAAAAAUUAAGUUAUGUCCAUGUAUUGCGA